GUCGCGAGCCCUAGUUUGGGAAACGCGGUCAUAAACUGACGCGUUCUCGAAUAGAAGACCAUUACUAGGCGCGUGGCUUGCAUGGAGAUGUCUGCUUUAUACCUCGCUCUGCUUCUGUUCUCCGAGCAUGUUAUCGACGGGAUAACCAGAUCUUACGAAGGCACUGAGUUAGCGACAACACCGACAGUCACCUCCCCGUUACCGGAGCGAUGGCGGCGGCGGGACAAGCGGGGCUUGUUGGAGUUGGCGGGCGUCGUUAAAUGCAGCACUGGGAGGUCGGCGGUGGCUUACAUCAUGUAUGGAUGUUACUGCGGGCUGGGAGGCCAGGGAUGGCCUCGAGACAAGGCUGACUGGUGCUGUCACAAGCAUGACUGUUGCUAUGGGAAGGCUGAGAAUCUGGGUUGUCAGACCAAGACGGACAAGUACCAGUGGACCUGUGAGAACAAGAUGUCCAACUGCGAGUCUCUCAAGAACAGAUGUGACAAGAUUCUGUGCAGGUGUGACCGGGAGGCGGCCAGGUGUCUGAGGAGAGCUCCCUUCAUCCCUAAAUACUCUGUCUGGCCCGACUUCAUGUGUGGAUACGAACAGCCCACCUGUACCCGUCACUGAUGCUGUUACACAGUGUGUGUGUGUGUGUGUGAGAGACUAGUGUUUUCUCUUGUUUGUCCUGGCUAGUGGUGUGUGUGUGUAAUAAAGACCUACAGUACUUUACCCUCUGUCCGUCUGAUGGGCACGGCCCAUGGGUCUGAUUAACAGUGUGAUUCUAUCACCAUGACAGACCUGGUGGGGGUGUAUCAUUAAGUCAAUGACUGAGGACUCAAACAGCAGUUCUAUAAACAGCUUGUAGACUGACAUUUUCAAACGUACAAAAGAAAACAGUAAGGACAUUAUUCUAAUGGCGUGUUAGAGUCUAAUGGCGUGUUAGAGUCUAAUGGUGUGUUAGAGUCUAAUGGUGUGUGUGUUAGAGUCUAAUGGUGUGUUAGAGUCUAAUGGCGUGUGUGUUAGAAUCUAAUGGUGUGUUAGAAUCUAAUGG